GCUGCAAAUAUGGUUUCAGAUUCUCCUCCACCACAGCCAAAAGGAGUUCCGGCAAAUGAUGAAUGGAAAGAAGACAAUGACAGUAGUGGUCCUCCCAGAGAAGCCAAAUGGUGGUAUUCAACAUUCCACACAGUCACUGCCAUGGUUGGUGCUGGUGUUCUUAGCCUCCCAUAUGCCAUGGCAUACCUAGGAUGGGGUCCGGGGACAUUGGUGAUGGUGCUAUCGUGGUGCGUGACCUUGAACACAAUGUGGCAGAUGAUUGAGCUCCACGAGUGCGUGCCGGGCGUUCGGUUUGACCGAUACUAUGAUUUGGGACGGCACGCGUUCGGGGAGAGACUUGGGCCGUGGAUUGUGCUGCCGCAGCAGCUAAUUGUGCAGGUUGGAUGUGACAUUGUUUAUAUGGUCACCGGUGGGAAGUGUCUAAAGAAGUUCAUGGAGUUGGCCUGCACAAAUUGCACGCCAAUUAGGCAGUCCUAUUGGAUCUGCACUUUUGGGGCCAUUCAUUUCUUCUUGUCUCAGCUCCCAAACUUCAACUCUGUCUCUGCUGUUUCUUUUGCAGCAGCAAUCAUGUCUUUGAGCUAUUCAACUAUAGCCUGGGCGGGGAGCCUAAGCCGAGGGCGGAUCCCAAACGUGAGCUACGCGUACAAGAAAACAAGCGCGGCGGAUUCCAUGUUCCGCAUAUUCAACGCAUUGGGACAAAUAUCAUUUGCGUACGCGGGACACGCGGUGGUUCUUGAAAUUCAGGCCACCAUUCCAUCAACCCCUGAGAAGCCCUCCAAGGUUCCCAUGUGGAAGGGAGCGUUGGGGUCUUAUUUUGUCAACGCCAUAUGCUACUUUCCGGUGGCCUUGGUGGGGUACUGGGCCUUCGGGAACGAGGUGGACGAUAAUGUUCUGGUCACUCUGGAGAAGCCUUCUUGGCUCAUUGCAGCUGCUAACCUCAUGGUGGUCAUCCACGUCAUCGGCAGCUAUCAGGUUUAUGCCAUGCCUGUUUUUGAUAUGCUCGAGACGACAGCGGUUAAGAGGUUGAAUCUCUCUCCUGGGCUUGCUUUGAGACUCGUACUUCGUUCUGCUUUUGUUGCCUUCACUCUACUCGUUGGGGUAACCUUUCCUUUCUUUGGGGAUCUUCUUGGCUUCUUUGGUGGGUUUGGCUUUGCUCCAACUGCUUACUUUCUUCCUAGCAUAAUUUGGCUUAAGAUAAAGAAACCCAAGAGAUGCAGCAUCUCAUGGUGCAUCAAUUGGGCAUGCAUAGUGAUUGGAGUUUUCAUUAUGGUGGCAUCAACCAUUGGUGGGGUGAGGAAUAUACUUGCUGAUUCCUCUACUUAUCAAUUCUAUUCAUGAAUUGAAGGUGGUCCC